GCAUGGAAAUCAACUUUCACUGCUGCGUCACACUACGCCUACUUCGAUUUUUCCUGUUAUCUCUCGCCGUGCGUGUGACCUCGUCACACCGUUUGUAAGCGCAUUUUGCUUUUACUACUUGUGCAUGUAGCGCCUGCUGCUCUGUUCCGCGUCAACAUCCAGUCGAAAGUCAUUACAAUUGCUAAGUGUGCUUUGCUCUUUAAUAUAAGGUAAUUCAUCUUUUCCCCUUUUCGAUCCUUAUCUCAUGCUUUCUCAGCGAGCCCAAAUCCCCGUCCUCAAGCAAGGACGGGUGGAGAAGGGUAACUGGUCGACCCGAAUUCUCACCAUCGACAUCGCCACGGCCACCGUCACCAUCAGCCGCAACGACCACCCGAACAACGUCCUCUACCACUCGUUGAAGGUGACGAAGGUGCAGCUGUGGCCCCGCUUUGGGCAGGAGUGCAUCGAGAGUGCCAUCACCUCCCUCAAGGCGAAGAUGACGCUGCGCAUUGCGGGGAAGGUGGUGCCGGUGCCAGAGUUCUCACAAGAGGUGACAACGGUGACGGAGGACACGAUGGGGCACCUGACGGAUGAGUCAGAGGUCACUGCGACGCGCUCGGCGGAGAGCGAGUCCCCCGUGCAGCAAUCCCUGCCCUCUCCAUCGCAGCACUCGGCAGGGGGGACGUCGCCGGUGAACAACUCCCCCUUCGCCUUCUCAGCCGGCGACUGCACCAAGAAAAGCCGCGCGCUGAGCGAGUUCGCGGAAGGCGAGGCCGAUGCGUGGAUGAUUCGCUUCACGACGUUUAAGUCGUACGAGCUGGCGCUGGUGCUGCUGCAGCGAAUGAGCCGUUCAACGGUGGUCGGGAAGCCGCUCUUCGGCCCCCACGUCGUGGAAGACUUCGUCGCGGUGAGAGCGGCGUGGGCGCAGAGAAAAACCAUUGCCGGGCUCGACACCGAGGCGGCCACGCUGACGUAA